UUAAUUUUCGCUUUAAUUUUAAAGGCAAUUGAAUAGAAAUUCGAUGUUAUGUAUUUUAGUUUUACUUGUACUUCUAAAACCAUACGCUACAAGUACCAAUGUGGGUACCACAUUAUUUUUCAACAGACGAACGAGAGCUGAUUGUUGGCAUGAAGAUGAUGUGGCUAAACUUCGGGCUCGGAAAAUGUUUCAGCAAGUUAUGCCGCCGCCAGUGACUCCAGAUAAAAUCAAUGCUAGAUACAUUAAAGACACACUCAGGUAUUAUCGGGGAGCACUCCGAGCUACAGAAAUGAUCCACGACCAUCACACGUCUGUACUACUGAAAGAAGCUCUCGCCGAUGCUAUUGGAGGGUAUCUAAAUAGUCAAAUGCUUCCCACAGUAAGAUUUGCAUACUACGCUGGCUAUGUUCCUUACCGAAGUGCACGAGAACUGCACGACUUCUUAGAAAAUAUAAAAACGUUUCUGAAUACCAAAGGACUAGGAUGGAAAGAGCCCGAUAAAGUCCCACAGUGGUCAAAUCUCACCGUAGUUAAGGUACUGAUAGGUUCGGGCCGGCUUUUCGACCCGUGUUCAUGUUUAGUCACAAAACGAGACUCCAGUGCGUGUAUACAUUUACCAGCACCUAAGCUGGAUGAUAUUUACGAACCUUCAGCAGUUGCCUUGCCCUUCAAAGUGGGUGGACUAGUUAGUUUAGCUUCAGCGAAUUCUGAAAAUAUUCUUCUCAAGUAUUAUACUACCGCCUCGAGAUGCAUUCUGAGGAGUUCUCCAGAGAACUGUCGGCAUUCAGACUUUGUCAAUUUCAAUAACGAACUCUGGCAUUGGAUGAAAAGAGAUGUCGCUCCGCAUCUUGUAGACGACAAGCUUUACGGUGCUUACGGGGGGAUCCUCAGAAUAGCAGCGGCAGUUCAAAGCUACGGAAAGGGAUUGUCGCGUCGUAAUCUUUUCGAGUACCAAGACGCAGGAGUUUCGAAAUGGCAUCCCUGGCAAGCGCUCACUCAAUCAUACGUCUACAUAAACGCGGAUUGGACUCCAAAACUAUACGUGGGGAUGGUUGUACUAGCCGCUAUAGCUAUUUGCUUGUUGCAAAUCUGUUACAACUACAUGUUUGGAGACGCAAAGGGCUGUCACUGUACAGGACGAUCUAAAAGCUUUUUUACGAAAGAAGUUGCUUACGCAAACGUCGACUCCAACUUCCCAGCCAUGCUCCCAGCUCAUGACACUUCAAAGUUUAGUGAUAAGAAUCGUCACAAACUAUCCAGUGCCAAGACCAAGUCAUCGGCUGCAUCUAUGAAGACUCAGAGAGUGUACGACUUGAACGACAACGCGGAGAAGUUAAUGGAGGUGAUCAUAAGUGGCAAUGAAGAUACAGAAUCUGAGUCCCCAUAUUUGUCUAAGCAGGAGGAGAGCGAGGAGGCGGAUAAUGUGAUCAAUUUAGCGCAGUCGAAGCGUUCGAAGAGUCCACCGGAGUUGCACACGCCUAUCGCACAGUUGCGGUUGGAGAAACCACAGCUUGGGAGAUCUGUGCCGAUGUACUCUACGAGCACAGCUACACAUUCGGAGGUGACUUACUGCCAGGAGCAACAAGUGAGCGAGUCCGCGUGGUCCGGAUCUGGUAGUUCUUCGUCGGAGGACCACACUGCAACUUCUGAUAGCUCUAAAACGAAGAGUAGGAAGACACGAGAGUCCCGCGACAUCGCAUGGGCGCGCCGAGUAGUGUCGAAACAUAUGGUCCACAGUAACACAAGAUCCACGACUGGGACUGAAUUCGAUCUCAAUUCGUUCACGACACCGCCAUCGCGAAGGUAAGGGUUUCUUAAAUUUUACUAAGAAUUUCGUUUAGCGUUUUGUUAUGUAAGAUAUUAUUGUUAUUUAAGAGCUGUUUAAAACUUUUAAGGAUUAUACUUGUAUGUAUGGAUUAUUUUCAAGUUUCAUUGAUUUUCUAUUGGUUAGAUUAAAACUUCGAAGUUAUAUUAUCAGGGAACAUUUCAUUACGUAAAGAGAAACAAAAAAUAUUAUAGGAUCAACAUUUAUUUAUCUAUAAUACCAUAUUUUCUAGUUACUUUACAUUGGACAUUACGUCAGAAAAUUUUAACGCCUUUAAAUACAAUAUACUUUCAAUAAAUACAUAUCACAUACUUAACACAUUUUGUACAUCAUUUAAAUGUAAAACUAAACGAGUAAACUUAUUAACCUAUGUGUGGUAUAAUUAUAAAUAUACAUAAUCUACUAUAUCUAAUAAUCAAUCUGAAAAUCACAGUAAUAUAAUCAGUAUACAGAAUAGGGACAUAAAGGAAUUAACUAAAAAAAUGAGUAGAAAAAAUAAAGCCGACUUUAUAGAAGUUUAAUUUGAUGAAAUGAAAGAUAUGGCUGGUGCCUUAGUCUAAGGCUGGUGCAUAUUUAUGCCAUCCUUCGGACUCAUACAAAUAUGAGUAACAGUAGCAAUCUGGGUAUACCCUCAACUUCAUACUUAACGAUCCGAACUGAACGUUAUGACGGCCAUCUAAAACAACCUAAUAGAAAGGUACUUGAAAUAUAAAUUAAUACUAUGAUCAUCUUCACGGACACUUUCUGGCUCAGUUUUGUUUGACCAACAUAUUUUGGUUACCAGAGAAAUAUUACCGUGCAACUUAACUUUUGACAUAUACCAGAAAACAAACCUUUCUUCUCCAGUUAAAACUAUCUAAUGGUCCAAAAACUUAGUCA